AUGAAGACAGGGUUGAUUAAAGAUCUGCUGGAGGCCGACCUCGUUAUCCACGGAGAUCCCUCGGCAGUGAUCUGGGGCCGCGGCUCUAGUGAGACGGGGGUCUUUCAGCCAGAGGCAGCCCAGGCUGAUGUGAUGUCGGCCCCACAGAGGCCCACUGUCCUGCCUCUCUUCCUCUACGCGCGCCUGCAGGAAGCUGCCCCAUUGUCCUGGGAGAGGAAGGGGCCGUGCGCGGGACCGACUACUAAAGGAACCUGGCAGCCACACAGAGCGUUAACCUUCAGGAUUAAUGUGUUUGUUCAGCUCAGCCACGAGAACGACGGCCUCAGCGUGCACCUGAACGCCUCGCGGGAAGGGCAGAUUAUCCUGCGCUCAGAGAUGACUGACUUGCAGGUCAAGUACGCGCAGUGCGAGGACAUGCUACGGGAGGCCAGAGAGGACAUCAAGAACCUGCGCAACAAGAGCCUGCCCAACAGCACGGUACAGCGCUACAGCGCAUUGGCCUCCGUCUUCCCCAUGGACUCCCUGGCCGCAGAGAUAGAGGGCACCUUCCGAAAGGGCCUGGACAGCCCCGCCCCCUCCGAGUACAAGAGCCACCCGUGGCGCGUGUUUGAGACGGUGAAGGUGGCCCAGCGGCUGCUGUCCCGCUGCCCCUCCCCGGCCCUCCCCGGCUCCAGCCCCCCCUCCGCCCACUCCUCCUCCACCUCCACCCCCCGGACCAGCUACUACGGCUCGGACAGCGCCAGCUUCAGCCUGGAGGACCGCCUCCAGGCGGCGGCGCCGGCGCCGGCAGAGCCGGACCACAGCUCCGCCCAGACGGGCCCCAAGCGGCUGGGCCAGCCCGGGACCCCCGGGGGGCGGGACCUGGAGGCGGCGCUGUUCCACCUGUCGGCGCGGCAGCAGAGCCACCUGUCGGAGCGGCCCUUCUUCGACGUGGAGCGCGAGAGGAAGAUGAGGGCGCUGGGGGCGGGGCCGGCCGGGGGCGGGGCCGGGGGCGAGGAGGAGGGGGGGCAGGACUCCAGCGGGUUCCUCACCCCCGACGGCAGCCUGGGCUCCGCCUCCACCGGGACCAACUACUCCAACGGCAGCUCACGGCCCUCGGGGUCCUCGGGGGGCCGGUCCUACCUGCCCGACCGGCUGCAGAUCGUCAAGCCCCUGGAGGGCUCGGCCACCCUGCACCAGUGGCAGCAGCUGGCCACGCCCAACCUGGCGGGCAUCCUGCAGCCGCGGCCGGGGGUCCUGACCAAGGACUUCAGGGAGCUGGAGGGCGACCUGCAGACGGUGUACAGCCUGAACGACCCCGAGGAGGACGACCUCUGCCCCUCCCCCGGCGCCAUGGCAUCUCCAUUCGGCCCCGCCCUCCCCCUGACUCCUCCCCCCAACUCCAUCUCCACCCGUCCAGCCCUCCGCCCCUCCCUCCUCACCCCCUCCUCCUCCUCCAGCCCUGGCCCUCACCGCCGGCCUGCUGGCGGGGGCGCCGCUGAGCCUCUGAGCGUCUGGCCGCCAUCCAAUCAGCAGCAGCCCGUGGCCCCGCCCCUGUUCGGCCCCGCCCUCCCCAGCCCAGCGCCUCUGGGUCUGGUGAAGCUUCUGGAGCGGAAGGGGAUCACCGGGGGGUCCCGGGGUGCCGGACCCCCCCCCCGCCGCCACCGCCAGGGGGGUCCGGCGCCGGGCGCCCCCCAGGGCAGCCCAGAGGGAGACCCCGGGGGGGCGGGGCUGGGGGCGGACCCGGGGAGGGGGCGGGUCUUCAGCCUGAACCUGGUGGAGAAACUCCAGAACCUGGGGCUGCACCGGGUGGCGGCCUGGGGGAUGGGGGGCAGGGCGCAGAGACCCACCCUGAGGUCAGAGGUCAGAGACCCACCCUGA